UAAUGUGGGCGGUGUCAUGUACAUGACGCCAUCAAAUGACUUGGUAUUGCCUUCAUGUAUUUUCUGUUGAUCACGCAUUUUUUAAUAGUAAUGUAUAGUUUGAUAUAUAUUAUAAAGGUGUACACUAUAAAGUAUAAAACCUAUUCAUAAACUCCAUCACAAUAUAACAGUCAAAUAUACUUUUCAUUUUUUUUUUUUUUUUUUUUCUCUUUUCGUUACCUGAAUUCAGGUGAAACCGCCAAAUACAUUACAGCUGAGUGUAUUAACAUUAUUUCGAUUUUUUUAAUUUUUUUAUUUUCGUUAUAAUUUUGUUAAUGUUUACAUAAUAUUAAUUUAAAACAAAAUGGUAUCAUCAAAAAAUAUUCAUUGUUAUUCAAUGAUUUUAUUGGGAUAUUUUCUACUUGAAUUUAUUACACCAGCUAGAGGAAUUAAUUGCUAUCAAUGCAGCAGUACAAACAACGUUCAUCCAUUUCAGUGCAAUGAAUAUAUGAGUGAAGAUAUUGACAUAUCACCAACUGAUUGCAGUGAUGUUUGGGGUGCUAAAUAUUGUGUUAAACAUGUUGGAAGAUUUGAGGGUGGAGUUGGAACAAAAAGAUUUUGUUCAUCAGCAAAUUUAGGAAAUGAUUGUCAUUAUACAAACACAGCUGGUGAUGAUCAAAAUAUUAAAUAUCGAACUUGUAUUUACACUUGUGACAGUGAUGGUUGUAAUUCAGCAACAAAAAAAUCUACAAAUAUUAUUGUAUUUAUCUCAUUGUUAAUUGCACCAAUAGUAUAUCUCUUUCAGAGAUAGAAAAAAAAACUAAAUAUAACAACAACAAAAACAAAAAUUAUUACGAUUCCGUCCAGAACGUACCAAACAUAAUUGUAUUAAGAAGAUUUUAUAAUGCUUUUGCACCAUUUAAUAUUUAACAAAAAGCACACAUGAUAUUUACAAGAAAAUUAUCAAAGUAUAUUAAUAUUAAUAUUUUAAUUGUUAGUUGAUAAAAAAUUAGUAAAUAAUAUCGAUGGGACCAGUGUCUUUUUUUGUAGAAAACAAAUUAUUAUGUACAAAGUUAAAUUGUCGAGCAAUUUGAUGUAAAAAAAAUUAAAAGAAAAAACAAAGAACAUGUCUGUAAUUGACUUUUUUUAUUUUUUUUUUAUUUGAUUAUUAUUAUUUUUUAAGUUACACAUUAGUUAUAUCAAUUUGUACGUACAAAUACUAUUUUAUUUUGUGUAUAAAGAGCCAGUAAUUAAUUGUAAAAUAUUAUCUUAUUUUUUUUUUCUUUUUGUAAGUUUUUAUCUUGUUCAUUUUGUCCUAUUUUCUUUGGCAUUAAAUUUUUUUUUUUUUUGUUUUUAUUUAAUACAUUUAAGGCAUCUGUUGUUAGACUAUAAAUUAUAUGCCUAAGUUAUUUAUGCGAUAUAUUAUUUUGUUUUUUAAAAAUUUUAAAGUCUCACCAAUUAUUGGCACAUUGGCAAAAUUUGUUUAUUUUUUU